CAAGCCAGGACUAUCUCGGUUACACUAGCCUCGCAUCGUUUCCUUCAAACAACACCAUGGAUUACCCUUCCACGGCUAUUCAAAAACCCUCAAACAAGGCUGACACUUGGAACGGCUACGCGGCCAACCCUUCUGGGUAUGCAUCAGCCUCCGUCGACCAGACAGAGAAACGCGAGUCUCGACCGUAUCGAGGCAGUUAUGGAGUGGAUUCACGAAAGCCAGAACAGACAAGACGCGCGUCUCGCGAAGCUGGAAGACAAAGUCGACGAAAUCAAGGAGGAACUGGCCGAGAUAAACCAGCAUUUGACGGAGCAGGCGAUGAACUGCAGUCGUUGCGACUAUGGUAGUGGGGAUGAGUACUCCGAUGACGCUACUGAGGAUGACUCGAGUGAGAGUGCUGCUGACGGCAAAGGCGGCGAUGACUACGAAACUCACGAAUACUGUAACAUGUAUGAUCUGUACUAG